CCUCCUGCUGCUCGCGGCCCAGGUGGCCUGUGAGUACGGGAUGGUGCAUGUGGUGGCCGAGACAGGCGGCCCCCGGGGCCGGGACUACUGCAUUCUGUACAACCCCCAGUGGGCUCACCUGCCGCACGACCUCAGCAAGGCGCCCCUGUUGCAGCUGCAGGACUGGUCAGCCUCUGUUCUCUGCUCGCCGAGCGACCUCCCGAGUAGGGGCUUCAGCAACCAGAUCCCGCUGGUGGCACGAGGCAACUGUACCUUCUAUGAGAAAGUGCGGCUGGCUCAGGGCAGCGGGGCCCGCGGGCUGCUGGUGGUCAGCCGGGAGAAGCUGGUACCCCCUGGAGGCAACAAGACACAGUUCGAUGAGAUCGGCAUCCCUGUGGCCCUGCUGAGCCACCGAGACAUGCUGGACAUCUUCAAGAGUUUCGGGCGAGCAGUGAAGGCGGCGCUGUACGCACCCAACGAGCCCGUGCUGGACUAUAACAUGGUCAUCAUCUUCAUCAUGGCCGUGGGCACCGUUGCCAUUGGGGGCUACUGGGCCGGGAGCCGCGACGUGAAGAAGAGGUUCAUGAAGCACAAGCGGGACGACGGGCCGGAGAAGCAGGAGGACGAGGCGGUGGACGUGACGCCCAUUAUGAUCUGCAUGUUUGUGGUCAUGUGCUGCUCCAUGCUGGUGCUGCUGUACUUCUUCUAUGACCACCUGGUCUACAUUGUCAUUAGCAUCUUCUGCCUGGCCUCGUCCACUGGCCUCUACAGCUGCCUGGCGCCCCUGGUCCGCAGGCUGCCCAUCGGCGGGUGCAGGGUCCCGGACAACAACCUGCCCUACUUCCACAAGCGUCCCCAGAUCCGCAUGCUGCUGCUGGCGCUGGCCUGUGUCACCGUCAGCGUGGUGUGGGGCGUCUUCCGCAAUGAGGACCAGUGGGCCUGGGUCCUGCAAGAUGCUCUGGGCAUCACCUUCUGCCUCUACAUGCUGAAGACCAUCCGCCUCUCCACGUUCAAGGCCUGCACGCUGCUGCUGGUGGUGCUGUUCAUCUACGACGUCUUCUUCGUCUUCAUCACCCCCUUCCUGACUAAGAGUGGGAACAGCAUCAUGGUGGAGGUGGCCACAGGCCCCUUGGACUCAGCCACACACGAGAAGCUGCCCAUGGUCCUGAAGGUGCCCAGACUGAACACGUCCCCACUGGCCUUAUGUGACAGGCCCUUCUCCCUCCUGGGCUUUGGGGACAUCUUGGUGCCAGGGCUGCUGGUGGCCUACUGCCACAGGUUCGACAUCCAGGUGCAGUCCUCCCGCGUCUACUUCGUGGCCUGCACUAUUGCCUACGGCAUCGGCCUCCUGGUGACGUUCGUGGCGCUGGCCCUGAUGCAGCGAGGCCAGCCAGCCCUGCUCUACCUGGUGCCCUGCACGCUGCUGACCAGCUGUGGUUUGGCGCUCUGGCGCCGGGAGCUGGGCGCCUUCUGGACGGGCAGCGGCUUUGCGGUGAAUACCGGUUUGCUAUGACUGUCUGGAUGUCUGGAGAGCUAGGUGUCCAAUUAGCCCUAACUGAGUU